AUGGCACUCAAACCCACAUAUACCGAUCAACAACUGGAGUCAUACUUGAACCGCAUCGGGUACUCCCACUUCGCUGAAUCCAAGGGCAAUCUUCAGCAUCUUCGCCAGGAUAUCGAGAAUGAUGCAUUUUCUGCGUUAUGUGAUUUGCAAAGACGGCAUCUCACUACGAUUCCAUGGGGCAACUCAGGGCUGCAUUACUCGCAACAUCAUACCAUCUCUCUGAACCCACAGAGUCUCUUUGAAAAGAUGGUGGAGCGGCGGCUAGAUGGAUACUGCAUGGAGAAUACGGGACUUUUCUUUAUUGUCUUGCGGUCCCUAGGGUAUCUCGUUUACGCCACCGGAGGUAGAGUCAGUCAUGCUGCGGCGAGGGGAUUGAAUAAUGGAUUAUAUUUGCCAUUUGGACAUAUGAUUUUGAUUGUGAUUAUUGAAGGGGAGAAGUACAUGAUUGAUGUUGGCUUUGGAAACAAUUGUGCCACUGCCCCGCUAUUACUCCAAGAAGGUGCUACUGCUACGGCUAUCGCACCAUCUGAAAUGCGCAUUGUCAGAGAAAGCAUUGCCGAGUUCACGGACCAAAGCCAAAAGGUGUGGAUCUACCAAACAAGAUACAACUCCGAGAGUGACUGGUUGCCAAUGAUCUGCUUUGCCGACGUGGAGUUUCUCCCGCAAGAUUUCGGGGUCAUGAACUUCUCCGUCAGCCAGAGCCGAACUAGCUGGUUCACCCAGGUCUUUGUCUGCAUGCGAAUGAUUAUGGACCAAAGUGGCACAGAGAUUAUUGGCCAAUGCGUUAUGUCAAGCAAAGAAGUCAAGGAGAGGCUGCGCGGGGAAACGAAGAUUUUACAGGUGCUGGGGACUGAAGAGGACCGCGUCAAGGCCUUGGCCAAGUAUUUCGAUAUGCACCUUCGUGAGGAUGAGAUCCAAGGAAUUAGGGGAAUGAUCUCGGAGCUCAAGUAG